AGUACAUUCCCUUAAUCAUACCUCAGUAAUCUCUGUCCACACGAGGAGCACAUAAAAAAUCGCCGUUUCAAAGUUUCGGAUUUAUUCAUCAAGAAUUAAAAAACAAAAAUAUCUGAACAUCUGAAAGAACAGUGUAGUUUAUAACUGAGUAAAUUCACAUUUUUAUAUGGCUACUGUUGAGGAGAUUGACAUUCUGGACAGCGGAAUGGGAAGUAGUGAUAUUCGUUCACCCGAAGUCAAGUCCAUUCUUCCGGGAGAUGAAGAGGAUGAAGAGGAUGAGAGUCUGGUGGAGAGACUGAUAGGGCUGACGGAGAUGUUCCCAGAGGAGGUUCGCAAUUUUGGGUACAAUAUUAGCACCGGUGUGACAUCAUGUAUCAAAGGUCUUUAUGGACUCUCCUGCUCAGCCACCUGGAUUUUCUUCAGUUCAUCCGCGAUUCUCUUCGCCCCUGUGAUCUUUGAAGUUGAACGAGCUCAGAUGGAAGAGGCUCAACGGUCUCAACAAAAGCAAGUUCUCCUAGGGCCCAACACUGCCAUGUCUAAUAUGGGUGGCCCCGGUAUGCCGAUGGCCCCUCCAGUUCAACGAUAAAGCUCUUUAAAAAACACAUUACCUAUUGAGGCAUUUACCAAACUGCAAAAUUUAAUCAAGUACCAUCUAAGUUUUGAGAGAAAUGAAAUAAUAUGACAAGUACGUGUAAUAACGAUUUAAUCAAUCGAUUUUAAUCAAUUGGUGUAACAAAAAUAAGUCUUAGCAGUGCUGAAUACUUUCCCAUGUAUUUUGUCAUUGAUCGACAACGUUUAGGGCAUUUUUUUUUUCUUUUACUAUUUACUAUAAAAUCAUUGAUACGAAUAAAAUUGGUCCCGUUCCAUGAAAAUUCUCCCCGCCAUAAUGGAUUUCAUUAAUUGUGAGCAUAAAAUAAACAAUAUUAGAAAUAUAAAUAA